UGCACAGGAAAAACUGGUCCACCUAAUUCAAAGCAGCAGGACCAGUAGGUUGCUAUAUAUUGGAGGGGACAACAUAAACAAAUUGCCUAGGUAUAUGAGUUACUGUCGCUCUCCUCAUCUUCAACAAACUUGUGUCUACAAGAGCGAGAGCCUGAGAGACGAGCAAGUAUGGAAACGAAGGAGAAAAUCGGCGUCGAAAAUGAUGAUGAGAUUGAGAUCAAUUACAGGGGAAUUAAAGCCAUGCCCUUUAUUAUAGGGAAUGAGACUUUUGAGAAGCUUGGAGCAAUUGGGACAUUGGCAAAUCUGCAGGUGUAUUUGACGACGGUUUUCAACAUGACACGGAUUAAUGCCACUAUGCUUCUUAAUGUGUUCAACGGCACGACAAAUUUUGCAACGCUAAUUGGUGCUUAUUUGUGCGACACUUACUUUGGUCGCUACAAGACACUUGGAUUCGGCUCGUUCGCCUCAUUUCUGGGUUUGUUGGUGAUAAUGUUGACGGCUGCAUUCAAGAACCUGCAUCCGCCCCACUGCGGACAGGAGGACACUCUAUGCAUCGGCCCAACGCCAUGGCAAAUGACAUUUCUGCUGACCGGUUUUGGCCUAAUGGUGCUAGGCGCGGGCGCCAUCCGGCCCUGUAACCUAGCAUUUGGUGCUGAUCAAUUCAAUCCCAAUACAGAGUCUGGCAAGAGAGGAAUCGAUAGUUUCUUCAAUUGGUAUUUCUUCACACUCACUUUCGCUCAAAUGGUAUCCGUUACACUCGUCGUCUACGUGCAAUCCGACGUUAGCUGGCCUAUCGGACUUGCCAUACCGACAAUCUUCAUGUUGAUAUCAUGUUUUCUUUUCUUCAUGGGGACCAAAAUUUAUGUAAUAGUGAGGCCGGAAGGGAGCCCAUUGACGAGCAUAGCCCAGGUGGUGACGGCCGCCAUCAAGAAGAGACGGUUGAAGUCGCUUCAACAUCCGUCGCUUAGCCUCUUCAAUUACACACCACUCAAGUCUAUCAACUCCAAGCUUCCCCACACAGAGCAAUUCAGAUUUCUAGACAAAGCUGCGAUUGCGGCCCCCAGAGACGAAAUCAAACCCGACGGAUCCGUCGCUAAUCCGUGGCGAUUAUGCAGCUUGCAACAAGUGGAAGAAGUGAAGUGUGUGCUGCGAGUGAUCCCCAUAUGGGCUGCAGCCAUUCUCUACCACGUUGGAGAAAAGCAGCAAUACAUAGUCUUCCAGGCAAUGCAAUCCAACCGGCACGUCGGCACGACCAGCUUCCAAAUCCCGCCCGCAACCUACAACAUCUUUGCCAUGCUGACUCUCACCAUUUGGGUACCGAUCUACGACAGAAUUAUCGUCCCCUUCCUCAGACGGCUCACUGGUAAACAAGGUGGCAUAACGAUCCUCCAAAGGAUGGGCAUCGGCAUUUUCCUAACGAUAAUUGAGUCGUUAGUGGCCGGAUUGGUGGAAGCAAAACGAAGGGAUAUGGCCAUCUCUAGGCCUAUGGAAGGGAUCCAUGCCAAGAGGGGUGCCGUUUCGUCCAUGUCGGCCCUGUGGCUCGUCCCACAACUAUUUCUAGGUGGGCUGGCCGAGGCAUUUUGUGCAAUAGGUCAAGUUGAGUUUUUCUACAAGCAAUUCCCAGAGAAUAUGCGGAGCAUAGCGGGUUCGUUCUUCUUCUGUGGCAUGGCCGUGGCUAACUAUGUGAACGGUUUCUUGAUAUCGGUUGUGCACCGGGCCACGGAGGGGUCGUCGACGGGCAACUGGCUGCCGGAGGAUCUCAACAAGGGGAGAUUGGACUACUUCUAUUACUUGGUGGCUGCCCUUUGUGUGUUGAAUUUUUGCUACUUUCUUGUUUGUGCCAAGUGGUAUAGGUACAAGGGGGCAGAAGGUAGUGUUCUUGAUAUUGAAAUGGAAGCCAAAAAUUGAUUUGUACAAGGUUUUAGGCUAUAGUUAGUGUUUAAGUUAAUACAUUAAUGUAAUAACAAAUGGAAAAUGCCUUCAUCUUGAGAAAGGAUGCUCACUUUUAGGUUAUGUUUGGAUUUAUGAAUUUGGAUUUGAGGGUA